AUGGACCAGAAUAGUUCUACCUUUCAAUAUGAAUCUAAAAAUACUUCUAAUAAUAUAUUAAAAAAUAAUUCAGAUUCUAUUUCUAAUAUGUUUUUUGAACUUUCAAACCUUGAAUCUUAUAAUUUUGAACAUGCUAAUUUAUCAUGUGUUUCUGAAUCUUUGUAUAAUUCUGAGUACCAUAAUUUAGAUAGUCCUAAAAAUCUUGUGUUGCUAUCAGACAGCUUUAAUUAUUCUGAUUCUUCGAAUAUCAAUUCUUUACAAAGUAACAAAAAACACAAAUUAGUUUUUGCCAUAUUAUCUAACAAAAAAGCCAAACCCAAAAAAAGUUGGGUAUGGCAUUACAUGAGAAAAGAUAAAUCUGUAAGAAUAUGUGAGAUCUCAGUUAAUCGAAAUGGAAAAAUAGAACUAUGUGGAGAACUUUUUUCACUUCUUAUCAGUACAAGCACACUAGGAGCUCAUCUUCACACAAUAUAUCAUCUAUUAGAAAAGGAAAAAAUUAGAAUUCUUAUUGUUAAAGAACUUAUUAAUCUAUUAGAACCCUUUGCUCGUGCAAUAUCCUUAAUGAGUGGUGAUACUUAUUCUACACUUUCUCUUAUACUUUCAACAAUUGUAACCCUUCAAGAGCAUUUGUUUAAAGCAGAACAAACACUCACAAGUUAUCCUAGAUUUAAAAAUUUUGAAUUUGUGCCAGAAAAAUUUAAAGAAACUAAAAAAUAUCUUAAACAAAAAAUAAGAACAUUAGAUAAGAAUAAGAGUUUGGAAAAACAGCAGCUUGUAAAGCCAUUUUCAAAUUUAGCAUCUUUUUUUAAAAGCACCACAACUAGCCAGCAAUUCUCUGCAGCUGAUAUAGAAUUAAAAACAUAUUUUGAUAUUCCUUAA